ACUAUACGAAAUGACACAGUGCGCAUGCCUAUUUCGCCCGGAAGGCGUGACGCAAUCGCGCACGGAAUCGUUUCCUUGGUUUCCUGGAAACGUGAAAAGAAUGGCGGCCAUGGUAUCGCAGGUGGCAGUGGUGGCAUCGACUCCCACCAAACCUCGGAAUAAGAAAAGGCCGACAAGUCCGGGGAACAGCGGGGGUGUGGCUGCGAAGAAGAAGAGAAUAGGACAGAAUGUUGUGUUGGAUACUAUCGGUGAGAAUCAAAGUUUGGCUACAGAUUCCAGUCCAGGGCACGGAGAGCCUGCAGUAAAACCUUUGAUAUUUAAGGAUCCAAAUUUUAUUCAUUCUGGCAUAGGUGGUGCAGGGGCUGGGAAGAAGAGUCGUGUUUGGAAAAACCUGAAACAAAUUCUUGCUACUGAGCGGAUGUUACCAUGGAAACUGAAUGAUCCUAACUAUUCCAGCAUUGAUGCUCUUCCUUCCUUUAAACCAGCCAAAAAAUACUCAGAUAUUUCAGGACUUCCUGCCAAUUAUACAGACCCACAAAGUAAGCUACGAUUUAGCAGCACAGAGGAGUUUUCCUACAUUCGUAUGCUUCCGUCAGACAUUGUGACUGGUUAUUUGGCUUUAAGGAAAGCAACAAGCAUAGUACCGUGAAAUAGGACACAAUUGUCUUUCUGAAGUAUGUGAAAACAAAUUUUCUGUUGCACAAAGCAACACAUGGUGACUUAUGACAUUUGGAAGUUCCUGUGCAUCUCAACAAAAAAAUUCCAGCAACUGAAGUUUUGGCAACAGAGGUUUUAAGAAAAAUUGUAAAUGGGAAAUGCAAACUACCAUAAAACUACAAAAACUCCCCUGAUGAAACUUCAGGAUGUACAGAAAAUGAUACAUGUACAGCUAAUAUAUUGUAAAACUGCUCUUGUAUAUUUUUCCAAAGGAUGCUGGUUAUUAAAAAAAAUGUUUUAAUGGCCUUACGGCAAUCCAAACAAGGAAAAAAAUGAAGAGAAGAUGAAAUUAUCAAAAUAUUUGGAUAUAAAAUAAAUAUUAAUUUUGGAAAAUGA